AGGAGAGGCAAGGACGAUCGUGCGGAGGUGGCGCGCGAAAUCGGUGGCUUGACCACAGCCAAGAUCGAGUGACGUCAAAGCUUUUCGCUCGAAGGAAGCUCGAAAAGGAGGGAGAGGAUGCGACCGGAUCGCUUUGCGCCUGCUGGAACCGUUAAAUAUAGCCGGAAGAAUUUCCCUGGCAUUCGCGCGCCCCGUUUUGCUCGAUUUUCCUAGGCCCGCGAUUUAUGCGAAACGACUGCGUUUCAACCCCUCUUCCCUCGCCCGUCAUCCUCCUCGUCAUCGUCCACGCUGCGUCCACGCGACGUAUCGAAUCAGUGCGAUUACUACACGCAACCCUCUCUUCUCUUCUCUUCUCUUCGAGAUCUCUCAAAGGGGGAAAAAAUGCUGAUCACCAAGUACACCACCAUUUUGCUCCAGUCAACCAAUCAGCACAUUCUCAGGAGCGAUGUGUUCCUGGAGCCGUAUCUGCAGCAGCACGGGACCGUUCAGGUGGUCAGCUCGCCGAGCACGCCUCCGCCCAAUCCGCUGCAGCAUCAUCAGCUCACGCAGCUACAUCAUGUACAGAGCGAGGAGUCGCUUUCCUCGGAGGGGUCGGCCACCUCGGGUGGAUCUUCGAGCUCGACGGAAGAUUCUGGCAGCGAGGUCGCGUGCGACAUCACUCUGAUCGAGAGGCUUAUACGCUCCCAUCCGAUCUGGUUCCUUCCUGGCAUCCAAAGAGCAGGCGCUUUCCACUUGUUGCAAGGCAAAGAGGAAGGGAACUUCGUGGUCCGGCAGUCGAGUCAGAGCGACACGAUGGCCCUGUCCGUGCGACUGCCACCGGGAAAGGGACCGUACAUCGAGCACUACCUGAUCCAAGCCAACAAGGGGAAGCUGAGCUUGGAGACUAGCGAGAACAGGUUCGACAACAUCCCCUCGUUGAUCGCCCACUAUUCUCAGUGCUGUGACGAAUUGCCGGUCCAAUUGACACUGCCAAGGGCGAUGCGCGAGGCCAAGAACAGGCAACAGCUCUCCUCGUUGGCGCUUCUGGGUCAGGAAUUCUGGAGAUAUCCGAUGGCGAAUCCAAAGCCACCGGAGAGCAGCAGCAGUAACACAUCUAGCUUGAGCAGCUUUCGAGGCGGUAACAACAAUUUGAACAAUAACAAUAAUAACACCCCGACGACGGAGAGCAUCGUGCUAAAUUUAGCUCCCAUUUCGCCGCACGAGACACGAGGCUCGUCGCCUACAGCAGCUUUGACCACGACGACGACGACGACAUUCGCGUCGUCGUUGCCUCGACAACCUCGGCCAACUCCACCGAACACCCUCAAUCUGACAACCUUCAACGAGCCUCUGGAUCUGAAGAAAGAGAAAGUCUCGCCGGGCGACAAAUUGUCGCAGAAACUGAUCUCCCCAAACCUGGUCCAAAGCGUGAGAUGCCCUUCCCCCGUGGUGCACAACGUGGAAAGCAACGUGCUCAGUCCGGUCCAGGAUACCAAAGUCAGCUUCGAGUCGAAAAGCGUGGCGGAAACGUCGAAAUCGACGGUGGUCGAACUGUCCAGGACCAAAUUUUCCUCCGUCACCACCUCGAAUUUCCACCAAAACGUGUCCACGUUCAACAAUUUCUGUUGCGCCACGUCGCCCGUGCUGCCUGAAAUCAGGAACAUCGUAGCUGAGAAUCAUUCAUCGGGACAGAACGUGAAGACGCCUCCACCUCCGCCCCCGAGAUGGGCCAAACCGGGAAAUCAAAACAACUUCAGCGUCACUGCCACGGUGACGUUCAAUCUGAAUCACACGAAUGAUGUCAGCAGUUCGCAGAACACUCCGUCGGAUCCCAACACGUCUCUACUGAGCCCGCAGAGCGCCAUGUCGAACAAAUCUCUGAUAUCGAACUUCUCCGUGAAGUCACCCCUUUCGCCAACCACUCCUGUCCUCUCUCCGAUGUCGAAGCUAGUCCCGAACACGGCCGUGAAGACGCCUAACGUUCUCUCGCCGACCACGCCAUCCAGCACGAGCAAGUCGAAGCGGAGGCGGGACAGGGAAGCGCGAAAGAACUCGCAACACUAUCAGGAAUCGGACAUCCUCGAGUCGUAUUAUCGAAGCUCACCCGGUGACAAGAUAUCGGAUUACGAGGACAUAUGGAACACGACCGAUCAAUCGAACCAUUCCACCUGGUCGCCGAACGACAAGCUUGCGAGGAACGAUGGACCCGCGAAUCCUCAAGACCGAUUGAGAAACUCGAACGACCGGCUGAUGGUCCCGGACAGGGUUGUUGUAAAUUCAGCCGAGAGAAAUUUGAACGAGCGACCGGCCACGAAUGAACAGUUGAUAGUGAGGAACGACAGGAUGAUCGUGAGGAACGACAAGUCGAUCGGGAACGAGAAGUUGAGUUACAAGGAGACGACCAGCCCGGAAUUCAGCAGCUUUAAACCUGUCCAGGAGGCGAAGUUCGUGGAGCAGAGCAACGGAUCGCCGGAGGAAACGGGAAUGGGAAGGAGACCCGACCUGUUGUCUCGAGUUUCAGGCAGCGCGAAUUCCUUGAACAGUCCCAGUACGGUAACGCCACCCAGGAAUAAACUAGGUUUAAUGCUGGCCAAGUCGGAGAGUAACAGCCCGUUGACGCCGGAAUCGAAGCAAGGUAGCCCGUUUUAUGCGGAACCAGCGGACGCGAUCGCUCAAAACGCGGCUAUAAUACCGAGAAGGCGACCUAGGAACAAUCCAGCGACGAACAAGUAUCGACACAGCGAACCAGGCUGGCUGCAGACGCCUACGGGUGCGAAUUCUAAUCAAUUGCACCCGAUCGAUUGGGAGGAGCCGGAGGAAACGGAGGACAAGACGCCUUUGAUCUCCUCCUCGGUUGAUAACCUAGCCAAACGGCUCGGCACUAAAGAGACGAAAAAGAUUCCACGCGCCAAGCCUGUGCAACCGCCAAAGAUCAGGACCAAGGUGUUCAACGAUACUUCUUGGGCCGUGGACUCCAGCUGGGAAUUUAUCGGCAACGAAGGGGACGAUUGCGAACCUGACUACGACUGUGAUGCGGAUUACGAGGGUGAUAACGUGGCCAGAAAGUUUCCGGACGAGGAGUGUGAUAGGGACGUUGUUGGGAACACUUUAACCGUUCAGAGUAUCAUCCUUCAACGGUACCCAGAGUUGUUGAAACCGCCGGACACGUCGGAGUCGCUUUACAGCGACAGGAACUCCUCGUACGACAACGUGGAGAAGAGGAACGAAAGAGAAGAGGCUGGAGACAGCAGAAAGGACCAAAUCUACGACUCCUCCGAAUGGGAGACGCCAUUGGAGACAGACGAAAGUGACGUGGAGAGGAUGAAGAGGAACAAGAGUUUCAAAGAACGUUUGGAUCCCCUUCUCUCCCCUCCAAGAUUGCAAGCCCUUAGAAACCGUGACAAUGGAGGUACAGGCUCGAGCAUAAGGUCGUACGCCCUUCAACUAGCAGCGGACAAGACGACCACGUUCUCCCAAAACAUUGACAAUUUUAUCCAAUGCACGAAAGAAGGGAAAGAAGCCAGCCCACACGUGGUGAUGAGAAACAUGCGGCAAUUUAUGUCCGGGAUGAAGAACUACCUGGUGAAACAUGGUGAAAGAGAAUUCGAGAAAGAGGUGGAGAAAGAAAGGCUGAAGCUGAAGCCAAACGAAUUCUUGAAUUUGGACGCUAUUUUAGAAGGCGUGAUGAUGGGCUUAGUGGUCAGGCCGCUCAGAGAGCACGUUUACAGACUGUUUGUCGAGCAUUACGCGGCUACUGGUUCGUUGCAAACCCUCGCCGAGAGCAUCCAGCACGCCCAGGGGAAACAUGUUCAGGAUCUCGGUGUUCGACCAAAGAUUAUACCCCCAUCGGAGUCAAGUUUAGAGCGGAUCCUCAAGUACAUUGAUCGUCUUCAGAAAGCGGAUUCGCCUCUAGACAAAUUGGAAAAUCUUCUAGCAGCGAUUUCAGCGAUUUUCAACUCCGUGAAGCACGCAAAUUCUGGCAGACACGUAACGCUGGGCGCAGACGAUCUUCUUCCCCUUUUAGUUUGGGUAUUGGUUCGUGGCAAGGUUGUGGACGCUGAGGUGGAAGCUGAGUACAUGUGGGGUUUGCUUCAUCCCUCUCUUCUCACUGGUGAAGGGGGAUAUUAUUUGACGACCUUGUCCAGCGCGGUUCACGUUUUGAAGACGUUCAAGUCCAGCCAGGGAACGAUGUCCACUUUAAAUGGUUGUGGAACACCAGACUGUUCAUCCGUACUACGAAUUUUAGUACCAGAUGAACUGCAUGGAUCCCUGAACACCAGAACGCUACCUGUACGGCCAAAUAUGAACACAAGAGAGAUUUGUCGCAUUCUUGCACAUAAAAUCAGAUGCACCAAUCCUCAGGACUAUGGAUUGUUCAAAUUGGUCCAAGGGGAAGAAACCUUACUCGGCGACCACGAGUGUCCACAAGAGCUCUCUCACUGCCUUUUCGCUUACAAGCGGAUUGACGCAAAGAUAGCCUGGCCGAAAACCAGUUCUUAAUAAUAAGCCUUGCGAACAGAAGGCUACUUAGGGGAAACGAUAUCGAUUUCGUGGUGACAAGGCGUAAUAAAUUUGAAGCACCUCAAGUCUUUAAUUGUCAUUAUUAAUUUCGUACUAGCACCGUGUUUUCUUUCAAUUGUUUCAUUCUUUACAUCUUUACAUGGAGUUUUGAAUGGAGUAUCGAAUUUUUCAAUCUCGAGCACAAAAUCUAACUUUUAAAACGUAUACUGCCAGAUAUAGCUAGCUUUCGACUGAUCAUCAAUGUAAAAGAAAUUGAAAGCGAUCAAGAUUUAAUUUAAGAAAAAAGAGCGAAAUGAAUCACGAUAACGUAGAUCUAUACUCUUAUUAUGUAUUCGAUAUUUAAAUUAUUGUAAUUGUCAUUAUUAUAUUGGUUAUUUCUUAAUGUUAAAAAAGUACUGCCCAUUUAUAUGAUUAAUUUCAGAAAACAGCUGCGACUAUCCAAAGAUAUUCUAAAUUAUGUGCUAGAGCUAGAGAGAGUGAUUAAAGUGCAAUCUAGUAGUGCAAUGUCUAGCUGGACAAACGAUCUCAAAGAAUGAUUUUAUUGAAUGCAGCUGAAAAAUUCAAUCGAAAAGGCAGAAUGCGAUCGAACGAUCAAUAUUCAAUUCGCAUUUAAUUUACUCGCGAACAGGUGCUAGAGAAUCGAAUCGGAGCUUCGCGCAAUUCGGUUCGUUUGUUAAAAACUGAACACGAGAUCGAAUAAAUUUCCGCCGAACGACCGUUUCUCCUUCGU